GAAACUCCAACUUGAGAACCAUUUUCAUCUCAGUUUCAGCUCAAACCAAGUGUUAACUCCCCUUCUUCAGAGCCAGAGUGCGUGUGUUUUGCCAUGGGAGACGAAUUUCAGGCAGGAAUUUGCAGUGGAAACUGGUGGAAUUCAAGUAGAAGUGGAGUAAGCGGGGGUUCAUGUUCAUCACCAUGUUCCACGGUAUUGAAUGAUAUGGGAAGCUUUGGAUGGGGAAGUGAAGCCAGAUCAUCUUGUGAGGAGACGACCGCGGCUUCAGUUUCUGAUAGCUCCAUGGUUUUCCAACAUACACAAAAACAGCAAAUCCAAACUCCGGUGGAUUCUAUUGGUGGUGGUGGCGGUGGCAGCGGCGGCGGCGGCAUCCUGAUGGAUUCUACGUUGCAAAUGAUGGGUUUUGGACCUUCUUCCCUCACAAUGGAUUGGAACCAAGCUUUACUUAAUAGAGGCAGUGGUGGAAGAAGUGAAGAGACUAAUUUCCAUUCUAUGCUUCAAGAUGAGUUGAGUUCAAGACCCAAUUUUAAGCCAGAAAUGGGGAUGGAGUCUCCUCCAACUCAUCGAGUCCAGAGAGAUUGGAGCCCCAAGAGUAGUUUCUCUGGAGUUGGUGAAGAUUCCUCUUCCUUGAAUGCCCAAAUAAAUCAGGUCUUCCCUAUGGACCACCAUCAGCAACUGAGGCUAAAUUCCAGCUCCGCCGAUUGUACUGUUAGCAGUCAAGGUAUACCCUCAAGUUUUCCUUCUUUCGGAUGCAAUUCACCGGCGUUAUUGCAAGGCCUAUUCGACGCACAAGAGACCCAACUUCAACUUCAACAACAUCAACAACAGUCCACCUUUGAAACUCAUCGAUCUAUCAGCAAUCCAAGUCCAAACUACCGCAUUAACAAUAGUGAAUUUGCCUCGCCGUUGCCAUCUUGGGCUAAAUUUCCAGCUUUCCUGAAAACAUCUCCACCGAAACAGCAGCAGCAGUAUCAGCACCAACCCUCUAGUCAGUUCCACUUCACCAACAACGCUCCUUACUGGAACGCCUCUGCCGCCCCCAUGAAUGAUGCUCGCUCUAGCUUCUUCCCUUCUCCGCAUACACAAUUUCUUUCAACAUCCUUUGAGGAGAAACCCAGUUGCAGUAGCCUCACGACCCUCACCACCACAAAGUCUGGUACGGAAGAAGUUCGUGAUUCAGGGUCAGUGGCUAAGAAAGGCAACAGUGAACCCGCAUACAAAAGGCCUCGGAUUGAGACACCGUCGCCAUUACCAACUUUUAAGGUUAGGAAAGAGAAAUUAGGGGACAGAAUUACAGCUCUCCAACAACUGGUUUCACCUUUCGGAAAGACUGAUACAGCAUCUGUGCUCUUUGAAGCCAUAGAGUACAUCAAGUUCCUCCAUGAGCAAGUCAGUGUUUUGAGCACACCAUAUAUGAAGAAUGGAGCUCCCACACAACACCAGCAGAGUUCUGAUAAAUUGAAGGAUGGUGAAGGGCCCAAACAAGAUCUUAGGAGCCGUGGACUAUGUCUGGUUCCAAUCUCAAGUACCUUCCCAGUUACAAAUGAAACUGCAGCUGAUUUCUGGACGCCUACGUUUGGGGAAACUUACAGGUAGAGAGAGAGACAAGCCAACGGAAGGUUGCCUUGAGCUUUUUUCUUUUCUUUUUAAAUCUCUGCAACUAGGAUUGAUGACAUCAAAGACCAACUCCAGUUGGGAAUGAUAAGAAUCAUUGAAGGAAAGGAAGAAAAUAAAUGAAUAAACAGAUUCUGCCAUCUCACUGUAAUGGUCCGGUGAGAGAAAGAUAGAAAAAGAUUAAAGAAAAGGAAGUGACCCUUCAUGGACCGGCAAAGUUGGGGCAAGCUACAGGCAGAAUGAUGGAGGAUGGCCACAGAUAAGUGACCUUUGGAAGAGAAUAUAUAGGGUUGUAAUAAUCAAAGUACUUAAUAUAUAAGUAAAGGUGGAUUAGCUAGGGAUGGGAACAUAUGCUAAAUUUGGCGCAAGUUUAGAUCAAAUUUGAAGAGGGUGGAGAUUUGUUGUUAGUAGCUGAAUUUAGCAGAGAAGGGAUGGGAUAAAGGGGUCUUGUUUGUUCCUGUUUCUACAAAUAUAUAUGUUGUAGUUGUAUAGGAGCUGGCAUGGCACCACCUUUAUUUUAAAAGAAAAAGAGCUGAUGGAACAAGAAAGAAAAGAAAUAAGAGGAAUAAUUGAAUUCAGGAAUAGCAGUAAGUAUGUGGAGGUCAUUUGAUUGAGGAUCAAAACUUUUGAUUUUUUUA